AGGGCGUACUGUCGUCGUCGCGCUUCGUCUUUUUAAUUAAAAAGAACUUUUUUUUAAUUCAAGUGUUUUAAAAAAAUAUUUUCAUUGUUGCAAGUUUGAAAACAAUUGCAGCAAAAAUUCUACGAAACAAAAAAUUUAUAAAAAAAAAUUUAAAUAAAUUCCCAUGCAAUCCCUGGAUAAAUAAACAAAAAAAUUGAAUCAUGCUUCUAACGAUAAGAAAUUUCUUGCUCGCCGCUAUCGUUGCUCUUCAAAUUUAUGAAUCAACGCAACUUGGUCCGAAACACAACAAAGUCGUUGUUUGUUACGUGAGUACAUGGGCAGUUUACCGUCCCUCGAAAGGGAGUUUCACACUCGACGACAUCGAUCCCACGCAAUGCACUCACCUCAUUUACGCAUUUGCCGGACUUGACAUCAUGCAGAAUCACAUAAAAUCUCUCGAUCCAUGGCAAGACUUGCCCGAUGACUAUGGAAAGGAUGGAUUUAAUACGUUGACGAAGCUGAGGAACAAUUAUCCGCAUCUCAAAAUUACCUUGGCUAUCGGAGGUUGGAAUGAAGGCUCCGUCAACUACUCGAAACUCGCUUCAGAUCCCGAACGUCGUUCAACUUUCGUCAAACAAUCCCUCGAAUUCAUCCGCAAGUACAAAUUUGACGGUCUCGACUUGGAUUGGGAAUACCCGGCAAAUCGUGGCGGCAAUCCCGAAGACAAGGAAAAUUUCGUUCAUCUCGUGCGCGAAUUGAAAACCGAAUACCAGAAAUAUGGCUUGAUCGUGACUUCCGCAAUUGGCGCCGCGAAAAAUACCAUCGACACUGCUUACGAUAUUCCCGAGUUGUCGAAAUAUUUGGACUUUUUGCACAUCAUGUGUUACGAUUAUGGCGGUGCGUGGGAUAAGCGCGUUACGGCAAAUGCCCCCUUGAAGAAUGACGGAGUGCUGAGUGUUGAAUAUACGAUCGAAUAUUUGAUGCAACUUGGAGCGCCGGCAUCGAAAAUUGUCGUUGGACUUCCGUUUUAUGGCAGAACUUUCAUUUCGGAGCUGGAAGGACGAUUGGGAGAUUCAGCAGAUAGCGUUGGCUUCAAAGGUCCGUACACGAAUGAGAAUGGGUUCAUGGGUUAUAACGAAAUUUGCUCCGCUUUGGAGAACUCGACGUUCAAUUGGACCAAAGAAUGGCACGAUGACAGCUCGGAAAUGGUUGCGCGGUAUUUGGAUCCCGUCACAGGCAAAGGACAUGCCGUUACUUAUGACACCACACGAUCAAUUGCCAACAAAAUACGUUUUGUUGUGAGAAAAGAUCUCGCUGGAGCUAUGUCAUGGAGUAUCGACACCGACGACUUUAAAGGCAUUUGCCCCGAAGAAACCGACACAUACGUCGAUUUUGGACACUAUCCCGGAGUCAAAUUGAACUUCCCAACCGACAAAAAAGGACGUUUCAAGCUGCUUAAAACCAUCAAUGAGGCAUUUAUCAUCGCCAAUAAUGAAUGGCAACAAGAAAAAGAUCUCGAACUCGCCAAGAAACAAGCAGAAAUGGAUCGCGAAAAUGAAAUUCCGCACGGACCUCAUGAACAUCACAAUGCCGGAAGCGUUUCGCGAGCCUUUUUGGGUGUUGUGGUACUGCCAUUUGUGUUACUCAUCGCUGCGCUGUGAAAAAAUGCUCGAUAAUUAUGAUAAAAAUUGAUAAAGAGUUAGAAUGUGACAAAGACAAAAUUUUAAUAAAUUUAAUAAAAAUCACGAAAUUAUAAGAAAUUUAA